AUGAACUUUUUUUCUGAUUACCAAUAUGACAGCCCCGAAGCUGCUGCCGCCGCCGCCGCUGCUGGCAAGCAACCGUACAGCUUCCUCGAGGAUAUGCAUCCGACGACGACCUCGCACGCUGUACCAGGCAGUUCAAACGAAGUAGGACGCGCGUCAACACCACACUCAACGUUUGACGCUGCUCUCGCCGGUGAGGAUUUUGCCAGCUACGACUACGGCGCGGCGGACCUGGGGCCGCCCAACAGCCUCGCAAGCGCACCGUUUCCUACCAGCCCGCCCGCCGCCGCACACUUGCACCAUGCUGCUGCUUUUGCCGCGGCCCAGCAGCAGCAGCAGCAGCAGCACAUGGUGCAGCAUCAUCAGGCCAUGCCUGGCCAUUCCGAGCAGCAAAGCCCAGAGGCGAGCAAGGGAAACUCGGACGACGACGACUUGACGCCUGCACAGUCCCGCCGCAAGGCGCAAAAUCGAGCAGCGCAACGCGCAUUUCGCGAACGCAAAGAAAAGCACGUCAAGGACCUCGAGAGCAAGCUCGCCAACCUCGAGAACUCGCAGCAGCAAGCCUCAUUUGAAAAUGAGCGUCUGCGACGACAUCUCCAAAAAGUAUCGACAGAAAACGAAAUCCUCCGCGCCACAUCCAACAUGAACAAUCAAUCCUCCGCGCCGUCCCAUCACCAGAAUCAUCAUCAUCAUCAUCAACAACAACAACAACAACACGGCGGCGGCGGCCACCGUCGCCGCGCCUCGUCGCCGCCGUCCAUCAUCAACGGCCCCACCGAAUACCGACCCACGGAUUUCUACGCGUCCCUACUACGAGACCACGCCAGCAAGUCGCCCUCGCAUCGCAUCAUCAUGGGCGACGACGGCGAGCGCCUGCUAGCUCCCGGCGCGACAUGGGACUUGAUUGUCUCGCACGAGCUGUAUAAGCGCGGACUUGUGAAUAUCAGCAUGGUGAGCGAGCGGCUGCGCGACAAGGCGCGCUGCGACGGCCAGGGCCCCGUGUUUCCCGAAUCGGCCAUUAUGGAGGCUAUUAUGCAGAGCGUUGCCAGCGGAUCGGACGAUUUGCUGUGA